AUGGAGAACGUGUGGCAGCAACAAUCGGAUGAUAUCCAGUACACCGCAUGUAUUGAUCUUACUGAAGGCUAUGCUACACCAGAGCAUCACGUCCCUGCCUUUGUGGAGGAACAGUAUACCCGGGCAACACAAUCUCAGCGCCAGAAGAAGGGGGUGCCAAAGCGCUCCAAGAACUUCUCACCAAUCGAAGAUGAGACGCUGUGCUCCGCUUACCUUAACGUCAGCAAGGAUCCGAUUAUCGGAAUCAACCAGUCCAUAACAUCUUACUGGAAUAGAAUCACAGACUAUUACAAUGAGAAUAGGAAGACUCCAAGUGAAAGGAUCAAGAACUCACUACAACAUAGGUGGUCUGGUAUUCAAAAGGAUACAGUACGAUUCUGUGGUUUCUAUGCUGAGAUAGAAAGGAAGAGGGAGAGUGGAAAGAGUGAGGAUGAUAAGGUUAAGGAUGCUCUACAGAUGUAUCAGGGUCUUGUUAAAAGUGCGUUCAAGUUCAUCCAUUGCUGGCUCAUUCUACGCUACGAGCAUAAAUGGCAGGCACAUUUGAUAGCCAUGUCCACACCAAAAGAUAAAGAGCGCAGCGAAACAUUGCAGGCUACUAAAGUCCAAGCAGUGGAGGCAACGAAGGACAAGACUCUCCCUCCAAAGAUUUCCAGGCCAAUUGGAAGGGACAAGGCGAAGAGGAUGAAGCCCAGCAACACGGCCUCAAAUUCCACGGCCUUUCUACAAGUUCUACAGAACAUGCGGAACCGAUCGGCAAGCCUAUGA